AUGCGCAAGACAUCCUCGACCACUUCGUCGAGGGGUUCUUUUUACUGGCUUGCCAUUCUCGCUGUAUUUUUCGCUUUGUUUGGAGCUGUUAUCAAGCUCCUAGACAAUAGGUUGCGUCAUUUCUAUAUAUUUGAUCAGGCCCAACUGCAUGAUAUUUCGCGAGCCGCUAUUGCGAGGCACGGUAACGCAACUGACCUCAUUUUUGAUGAGAUCGUAUCUAAACUAGGACAAGACCCAAAAAUUGGUCCCACGCUGAACAAGAAUUCUUUUCGGGACCACAACGAGUGGGUGUUUAACAACGCUGGUGGUGCCAUGGGCUCGAUGUACAUCAUUCAUGCAUCCAUUACCGAAUACCUGAUCUUUUUCGGUACGCCCAUUGGUACAGAGGGUCAUACUGGCCGACAUACAGCGGACGAUUACUUCCAUAUUCUCCAGGGCGAGCAACUCGCGUUCCGUGCAGGAGAUCUUACACCAGAGCGCUACCCCGCAGGCGCCAUGCAUCACUUAAAGCGCGGGCAGGUCAAGCAGUACGUGAUGCCAGAAUCCGGAUGUUGGGCUCUUGAACUUGCCCAAGGCUGGAUUCCACCGAUGCUGCCCUUCGGCAUGGCUGACUCAGUGUUCUCCACGCUUGAUCUGCCAACGUUUUUGCGUACGUGUGUGAUCACUGGUCGCGAGAUGAUAGCGAAUCUUCUUCGUGGGAAAUUUUAA